AUGACGCUCCGCUCCGUCCUGCUCCUGAGCUUCCUGCCGUCGGUCCUGGCGGGCGGCGGCUGCCCCCUCGGGUGCUCCUGCUCCAGGACGGCCCAGGUGGAGUGCUCGGGCGCUGAGGUCACGGAGAUGCCCACACCGCUGCCCGCCAAGGCCAUGAGCCUGCAGGUCACCAACACGCACCUGGCUGCUCUGGGCCCCGCGGCCUUCAGCAAUGCCUCCCAGCUGCUCGCCCUGCGGAUAGAGAAGAACCUGCUGGAGCGCCUCAGUCCCCGCGCCUUCCAGGGCCUGGCGGCGCUGCGCUACCUGAGCCUGGCCAGCAACCGGCUGCAGGAGCUGCCGCCCGACGUCUUCCGGCCGUUGGCCCGGCUGGAGGCCCUGCUGCUGUCGGGGAACCAGCUGCGCCGCAUCCAGCCGGCCCACUUCGCCGGGCUGAGUGCGCUCAAGGAGCUGCAGCUGCACGGGAAUCGCCUGCAGGGGCUGCCCCCGGGCGCCUUCGACCAGCUGCCCAGCCUGGCCCGCCUCAACCUGGCCCGCAACCAGCUGGUGCGCCUGCCGCCCCGCCUCUUCACGCCGCUGGCGCGCCUGCAGGUGCUUCGCCUCUAUGAGAACCAGCUGAGUGAGCUGGCGCCCCGGGCCUUCGGCGGCCUGGCCGAGCUGCAGGAACUGGCCCUCUAUCAGAACCGGCUGCGCCAGCUCCCCGUCGGCCUCUUCGCCGGCCCGCGCAGGCUGCAGAAGCUGCUGCUGUCCGGCAACCUCCUGGAGACGCUGCCCGAGGGGCUACUGUUGGGCCUGCCCGAGGUCUCGAGGCUCUCGCUCUUCGGAAACGCCCUGCGCGAGCUGCGUCCGGGCACCUUCGGUCCUAUGCCGCUUCUGCGAGAACUCCGGCUGGCCGACAACCAGCUGGCCUCGCUGCCCGGCCACGCCCUGGCCAACCUCACCACGCUGCAGGUCCUCGUCCUGAGCAGGAACCGCCUCGUUUCUCUCGCGCCCGCCGCCUUUGCCGGUCUGGAGGCCCUCGAGGAGCUUCACCUGCACUCCAACCGGCUGGUCACGCUGGACGAGGCGCUCUUGCGCGACCAGACCUCGCUGCGGAACCUCUCCUUGCACAGCAACCGGCUGGCCGCCCUGCCCGCGCGGCUCUUCCAGGGGACCCCCGGCCUGCGCGCCCUUCAGCUGCAGAACAACUCAUUGGAGGAGCUUCCGGUGGGCAUUUUCGAUGGGCUGCCGGAGCUGCGCGACCUCCAACUGCACGACAACCCCUGGCGUUGUGACGCUGCCACGCGGUGGCUUCGGCGCUGGCUGCAGGAGAAC